GGCCUUUUCUCAGCUUGUCUUCAACCCGGGAGCUCAGGGGUCCAUGCAUAAUUUCACUAAAAUAAAAUAGGCAAUAUUUAUAUUUAUAAGCAAAUUAACAAAUUGCAGAAUCGAUAAUUAGACUUUGAAGAGUGGGAGUGGGGGGUUCGAAUUGCCUAUAGCUCUCUAUCCUGCCUUUGUAAAACCCUUUCUUCGCUUUUCUUCGCUUUUCUACAUUUUUGAGAGAGAAAGAGAGAGAGAGAGAGAGAGAGAGAGAGAGAGAGUAACAAAAUCGAAGGGGGCGACGUACGGCCCGGGCAUUUUCAAGACCCAACGGAGCUCAAUUUGAAACCCUAAGAACCCAAAUCUUUGAAACGAGUUGUGGCAAGCAUUUCGUGUUUGAGUCCUAUCAUGAUGCAGUUAAUGUAUGCCUGUAAUUGCUGAAGUGUUUCUGGGCAAUAAGUGCUCUGAUCUUCUCAUUUACUAGGGAUUCGGAUCUUUAUAUACCAUAAACAAGCUGAGUAUUAAAUUUCUUCUGAUAAGAUUCAAUGGAACUAGAAGUUUCAUCACCAAAGGCAGGAGUACUUUUGCCUUCUGACUGUGUCAGUGAUCCUGAGGAGAAAGAAAUUAGCGAUGAUGAUGAUGAUGAUCGUAAUCAUAAGCAUCGUAGGUGGGAGACACGGUCUCAAUCUUUAGAGAGAGAUGCCCUGGAUCAAGUUUUAACAAGGCCGUACAGAAAGCGAAACAGACCCUUCGAAAACAGGCACCCUUACAGGGAAAAUGAUUCUCUGGAGAAAGAUCUUUCUGCAAAGUUUGACAAAAGACGCCCUGGCUUAGCUAUAUAUUCCCGAGCUCCUUUGGAUUUGAAUCAAAGAAUUGGGGUUAACCAAUCAUCAUCUACCGAGACCGGUCCUGGUAGGGGUAGAGGAAGGGAAUUUGGUUCGUGGAGCCAUCUUGAUUCUAGGUUCAGCUCAGUUGAGAUUGCUACUCAAAUGGUUCAACAGAGAUCUGUUCCUCCAAGUCUGUUUGCGGGAAGGGGAUUACCAAAUGUUUCACAUGCGCCGAAUGCAUCCUGGAGUGCAUUUGGAUUGACUUCAGGAAUACCAAAUGGUGGUUUAGAUACACUCCAUUCUCUUGGUUUGCAAGGAACGCUCAGACCACCAAUAAAUGCUUCAUUGAAUAUGGGAAUUGCACGCCAACGAUGUAGAGACUUUGAGGAGCGUGGCUUUUGCCUAAGAGGAGACAUGUGUCCAAUGGAGCAUGGUGUCAAUCGAAUAGUUGUAGAAGAUGUUCAGAGCCUUUCACAGUUUAAUCUCCCUGUUUCGCUUCCAAGUGCACAUCUGUUGGGAACACCUGGAUCUUUACCAUCAGUUAGUGCUCCUUCAAGCUCAUCAAUGAAUAGCAAAGGUUUACAUAGCAAAAUUAGCAAGCCUGGAACAGUGGACAAUGGGUUGGGUUUGAAUGGUGGUUUCACUGGUUAUGUUAGUGCAGGUGGAGCUGAUUUUUAUGAUCCUGAUCAGCCCCUGUGGACAAAUGAUUGUCCGGAACCGUCAACUGUUCUCCAUUCUUUAAAUCCAUCCAAGGUUGAUGAAACUGAGUCUUCGUUGGAUAUUGACCCCUCUGACCAUAAUCAUGUUGGAUUAUGUGAUGGCUCUGAUAAUAAACGCCCAAUUAGAAGUACUGCAACUGCUGCUGGACCUCAGAAUACAAGUUUGUCGGUAUGGGGAAGAAUCGGUGGUUCGAAAAAUAGAACAGAAAUUAUAGACAAAAUUGAUUCCACAAUUAAUUCCUCAAAUAAUGUUGAAAAUGAAGCAAGGGAAUAUCAGGAGCCAUUAACAAGUCCUCAAGGUGCUGCCCGUCAGGGGAAGCGGACAAUUGCGGAUGGCAUUGGUUCACAAGCUAUGGAUUCCUCUCUGAAGACACAAGGUGAUAUCGCGCAUAACAUCCGAAAACCAUCUCAAAAGGCCCUACGCACACUAUUUGUCAAUGGCAUUCCUCAUAAAAACAACAAAAGGGAGGCUCUUCUUUCACAUUUUCAAAAAUUUGGAGAGGUGAUUGACAUUUAUAUUCCAUUGAAUAGUGAACGGGCAUUUGUUCAAUUUUCUAAGAGAGAAGAGGCAGAGGCUGCUCUGAAGGCACCUGAUGCUGUAAUGGGUAAUCGCUUUAUCAAGCUAUGGUGGGCUAAUCGGGACAGUGUUCCAGAUCACGGAAUGAGUAGUGGCAAUAAUGUAUCCAUAACUCCCCGUGCUGUGAAAGUUGCUUCAGUUCCAUCUUAUCCUUUUGUUGCUAACAAAGAAAAAGAUGGAGCCCCAGAAGCUACUGUUGCCCAUGUUGUUAUUCCUGCCUCUGAUCAGCCUAAGCCAUUGGUCACUAACAGCCCCAAAGCUCCACCUUCUUCACAAAAGAAGCUGGAGAGUUUAGAGCUUUUGAAGGAGGAACUCCGUAAGAAGCAGGAAAUGCUUGAUCAGAAACGGAAUGACUUCCGGCGCCAAUUGGAUAAACUUGAGAAACAAACUACAGGUCUCAAAGGUGAAGUAGCAUCUGAGCAGGCCACUAAAAGAUUGAAAGUGGGAACAGUAGCUGAUUUUUCAAUAGCUGCAACACUGAAGUCCAAUAAUCCUGGUACUGUUUUGGCAUCACCACAAGUUGAGGCGGAGGCAGAUAAUAAAAAAUCUGCUGAGAAUGUUGUGCACCACCAUUCCAAUUCAAAAGUGGCACUGCAGGAACCUUCGAGUUUGAAGCAGUCAGUUCGUCCUUUGGCACCGGCUGGUGCUCCCUUUAUCAUGAAUAGAUUCAAACUGGACAACCGCCCAACCGCUUUUAAAAUUGUUCCACCUUUACCAACGGGUUUCGCAAAUGUUACUGUUUUGAGGGAGCACUUCUCAAUAUAUGGUGAUCUUUCUACCAUUGAGCUAGAAGAUUUAGAAUCUGAUGACUCGGAGACCAAAAAUGGCUCAGCUCAUAUAUCUUUCAUAACACGUCGUUCAGCUGAGCAGGCGUUUGUGAAUGGCAAAUGCUGGCAAGGCCACAAUUUGCAGUUUACGUGGCUGAUGCCUAAUAAAUCUAGCAAUGACAAUGGUAGCCGAGAAAACCCCCCAGCUGCUUAUAAGGGGCUGUCAGAGACCAACAUGCAGCCUGCAAGUGAAGUUGCAUCCACUGUUUCCCAGGAAUCAGCUGACCCUCCAUCUGCUUCUAAGGGGCCUUUAGAUGCUGACAUGCAGCCUGCAGAAGUAGUUUUAUCUACUGUUUCCCAUGAAGCAGGUGACCCACCUGCUUCUAAGGGGCCUUCUGAUACUCACAUGCAGCUUGCAGGAGAAGUUUCAUCCAUUGUUUCUCAGGAAGUAGCUGUUUCAGGAAAUGGAUCUUCUGAAAAUAUGGAAGGAAGAGAAUGGGGUGGCCCUGGUGGGGAACAUAUGGAAUGGGAGGAAGAUUUCCAGUCCAGUUCAUCUGCAAUGUCAUCUGAGAAACAGUCACCACCCAAAGGCAAUGUUUGUUGAGGAUGGCCUAGUUGUCAGAUUUGUGCAGCGAGGUGUACAUCACUACUUUCAGAAACUGAGAAACGUCUGUCUGAAUUUUCUAGCUACUCUUUCUGGAUUCGUGCUUAAAUCAGGAUAAUUCUUAUAUAAUUCAAAAUAGUUGAAGAACUUAACAACAAUUUUGACAUUGGAAUUCCAAUGCAAAAGGUUCAGGUUUUCAUGGUUGAAGGAGCUUAUCCAGGAAAGCAAAUUCAUUGCUUCAAGAAGGUUCAUUGCCUUAACUUCUCUCUUGCUUAUAAAGAAUAGGUUUCCUGCUGUAAAUUUCUUUAGUUAGAGUCAUGAAGUUGUCAACAUGUAGUAGAUUUUGCUUCUGGUUAUUUCUAAUUGGGUUGUCUGAAGCAUUCUUUUGUUGAGAAGGAUAUGAAAAUGUUUCUUGAGAAGAAUAUGUAAAAAGAACCGUCUUGCAAUUGUGUCCUAGAGUUUACUAAAAGUCAUAUAGAUUAGCAGCAUGCUACUUUUUGAUUUGUUACAUGUUUUUUUUCAUAUGACAAGAUCCAUUCAACAGCAGAAAGUAGGAAAAGAUGGGGCUGCUGAUUGUAAUAUUGCAUUGCAUCUGCUGGUCCAGGCCCAAUGUAUUCCAAUUUUUGUUUUUGAGCUAUUUACUGGCAUUCAAAAAGUGUAAGGGGCAUUUUUUAGCAACUUGGUGUGACAUUUUUCCGCAGCCUGUAUAAAAAUGUAUGUUUUUAACCUUUCUUCUAUAAUUUUCCACCAAUCAAAUGGUUUGGAAAGAGGUGAUGUGGACAUCAGUUGAAGCUGAAUUAUUGUUUGAAUUCAUACCUUUUAUACUAGUCUAUUGAAUUAUUGACGUUCCUGGCUUUUAGAUUAA